GGUUCAGGCUGCUGGAGUGGUGGGCCCAGGCCUCUGCUGGGGGUGGGGGGGUGGCUGGCCCAUCUGCCCUUUCCCAAUUGAGGCAUCUUUAAGCUCCCUUGCGGGCAGGACCAUGUGGGUUUCAUUUUUGUGCUCCUCAUCUCCCCCAUGGCCAAAUAGAACUUCCCAGGCCUUUGAAAACUCUCAGGAAAUAGGCUUCCCAACCCCAGGUGUUGAUUAGGGGCCAAGGUGGGGGAGGGAGAAGAAGCAGAGGGAAAAUUGUAGCAUCCCGGGACCUUUACAGUUUUCAGGCUGUUGCCAUCAUGUAUGCAUUCAGUAGACAUGUAUGGAGCGCCUACUAAGUACCAGGCAGUGUGAUGAGUGUUGGGUGCAUGGGGUGAACAAAAAUGUGACCCCAGCCUUGAAGGAACACCGCUGGGGAGACUGCAGUCCAGGGCCCUGACAAGUUGCUUUUGUCUCAUUUGGUCUCAGAACAGGCUUUUGUUGGGAGCUGGGGUGGUAUCACAACCCUAACCCUCACCCCAAGGUUUAGAGAGGUUGUGUGUAGCUUACUCAGGGUCAUACUCUGAGGCAGUGGCGAAGCAGGGGGAGGAGUUAGGGACCCAGUUGAGGGGAGGAGGAAGCAGCCUGGCCAGAGGUGGAAAAUGGAGCUGAAGUGCAUACACAGCCCCCUCCGCCUCCCAGCUCACCCGACCCUGGGCCUUGGGACAGUUUGCAAGCGACCCCCUCCUAUCUUGGCCCAGGGUUCACGGCACCUUGGACUCUGCCUGCAGAGAUUUUGAUUCACUUUCCAAGGACAAUGUCUUCGAGAAUAACCGUUUGGCCUUUGAAGUGGCCGAGAAGGAGCUGGGCAUCCCUGCCCUCCUGGAUCCCAAUGACAUGGUCUCCAUGAGUGUCCCCGAUUGCCUCAGCAUCAUGACCUACGUGUCCCAGUAUUACAACCACUUCGCUGGCUCCGGCCCAGCAGCCGGUGUCUCAGCACCCAGAAAGGGCCUGGUGCUGUCCUCCCCGCCGUCUGAAGCAUCUACUCCCGCGGACCCGGGAGACAGGGCUCAGGGUGAGGAGUGCUCCCCGGGCAGCCUGUCGAAGCAGGGCUCCCACCGGACCCCCAGCAGCACGUGCGCCGCCUGCCAGCAGCACGUGCAUCUGGUGCAGCGUUACCUGGCCGACGGCAAGCUGUACCACCGGCACUGCUUCCGGUGUCGGCGGUGUUCCAGCACCCUGCUCCCAGGAGCUUACAGGAAUGGGCCAGAGGAGGGCACCUUCGUGUGUGCAGAGCACUGUGCCAGACUGGGCCCCAGUGGGCGGUCAGGGGCCAGGCCUGGAACCCUGCCACAGCCAAAGCAGCAGCAACUUACAGAAGAAGCCAAGGAGGUUGAGGGCGGCAGCCCCAGCCCUAAGGCGACUGCAGGGGCCGAGGCGGACGUGACCAAGGCCAGCCCCGAGGGCCGACCCCAGGUCCCCACCAAGCCCCGGGUUCCCGGCAGACCACAGGAGCUGGCCAGCCCCCCCGCCAGCCGCCCCACACCUGCCCCCAGGAAGGCCUCCGAGAGCACAGCCCUGACGCCCCCCACGCCCCGGCCCCGCUCCAGUCUGCAGCAGGAGAACUUGGUGGAGCAGGGAGGCGGCAGCGGCCUGGUGAACGGACUCCAGCCCCCAGGAAAGACCCGCCGUGGAUCACACUGGUGCAGGCAGAGCCAAAGAAGAAGCCAGCCCCCCUGCCCCCGAGCAGCAGCCCUGGGCCGCCGCUGGGCCAGGAAGGCAGGCAGGUGGAGAACGGGGGUGUGGACGAAGCAGCCCCACGGGGCCCGGAGCCCAAGCCCUACAACCCCUUUGAGGAAGAGGAGGAAGAGCCCCCUGCUGCACCCAGCCCGGCCCCCGGCCCUGCCCCGACCCCCCCGGAGUCCACACCCAAGUCGCUGCACCCCUGGUAUGGCAUCACCCCCACGAGCAGCCCCAAGACGAAGAAGCGCCCUGCCCCGCGAGCACCCAGCACGUCCCCCCUUGGCUCCUGCCUGCCUGCCUGGAUGUGGAGGACUUGGGUUUCCUGGGCCACCUCUCACUUCACCGUCGAGAGCGAAGUGUCAGGCGAGGCCAGAGGGCCUGUCUCUGGCCCCUCGCUCGGCGCCCAUUUGCGGUUUGGUUUGUGCAGCUCUCCACGCCUCCCGCCUGUCCCGCUCGGAGCCGCCCUCGGCUACCCCGUCGCCAGCCCUCAGCGUGGAGAGCCUGUCGUCCGAGAGCUCCAGCCAGCCCCCCAGUGAGGAGCUCCUGGAACCGCCCGUCGUGCCCAAGAGCUCCUCAGAGCCUGCUGUCCAUGCCCCUGGCACCCCUGGGACCUCUGCCAGCCUCUCUGCCAACUCUUCCCUGUCCUCUUCCGGGGAGCUGGUGCAGCCCAGCAUGGACCAGACGCCUCAAGCCAGCCCUGGGCUUGCCCCCAAUACCAGGGGCAGCCCGGGUCACCCGCCAGCCAAGCCCUGCAGUGGCACUGCCCCCACCCUCCUCGUGCUGGCUGGAGACAAGAGCCCUGCGCCUUCCCCUGGAACCUCAUCCCCCCUCGUGCUGGCUGGAGACAAGAGCCCUGCGCCUUCCCCUGGAACCUCAUCCCCCCUCGUGCUGGCUGGAGACAAGAGCCCUGCGCCUUCCCCUGGAACCUCAUCCCCCCUCGUGCUGGCUGGAGACAAGAGCCCUGCGCCUUCCCCUGGAACCUCAUCCCCGCAGCUGCAGGUGAAGUCUUCUUGCAAGGAGAAUCCUUUUAACCGGAAGCCAUCACCUACAGCAUCCCCAGGUGUAAAGAAGGCCACCAAGGGCUCAAAGCCAGCGAGACCACCUGCCCCAGGACAUGGCUUCCCACUCAUCAAACGCAAGGUCCAGUCCGACCAGUACAUCCCUGAGGAGGAUAUCCAUGGAGAGAUAGACACCAUCGAGCGCCAGCUGGAUGCCCUGGAACACCGUGGGGUCCUGCUGGAGGAGAAGCUGCGUGGCGGAGUGAACGAGGGCCGUGAAGACGACAUGCUGGUGGACUGGUUCAAGCUCAUCCACGAGAAGCACCUGCUGGUUCGGCGGGAGUCCGAGCUCAUCUACGUCUUCAAGCAGCAGAACCUGGAGCAGCGGCAGGCCGACGUGGAGUACGAGCUCCGGUGCCUUCUCAACAAGCCAGAAAAGGACUGGACAGAGGAGGACCGGGGCCGAGAGAAGGUGCUGAUGCAAGAGCUCGUGACCCUCAUCGAGCAGCGCAACGCCAUCGUCAACUGCCUGGAUGAGGACCGGCGAAGGGAGGAAGAGGAAGAUAAGAUGUUGGAAGCCAUGAUCAAGAAGAAAGAGUUCCAGAAGGAGGCUGAGCCCGAGGGCAAGAAGAAGGGCAAGUUCAAGACCAUGAAGGUGCUGAAGCUGCUAGGAAACAAGCGUGAUACCAAGAGCAAGUGCCCCGGAGACAGGAGCUAACGGCGCGGGCUGCCAGCCGGGGACACCACCCACCACUGGCUGCACUCUGCGGGGCGGGGGUGGGGCUUCUGUGUCCCUUCAGGAUCAGUUGAGAGGAAAGAUGACUUAGGGGAGGGAGCCUCUGGAUGAUGGCCUCUCCUUCCUCAGGGUCCUCUGGCUGGUCUGGGCCAAAGAGUUUUUUCUUCCCUCUCCUCUGAGCCCCUUGCCUGGCUCCCCUGACUCCAGAUGCUGUGACUGACCCCAGGAGUGAGCAGGGUCUCAUCCCACGAGCCCCUGCCCUUGGUCCCGCUUCACUCCUGUACCGCAUGCAGAGGGGAGUGGAGGGUCUGUCUGCCCAUGGGCGUCUGCCCGUGGCGGACCCUCUGGCCUGGGUCUCCUGCCCUUUGGGCAGGUCAGCAAGCCAGGUUCGACCACACUGGCCCCUUCCCGCUCCCCUCCGUCCUGGGUCUGAGUCCCUGUCGUCCUGUCAGGGCAGGCGGCCUUGCCUCUCUUUCUCCGCGCUCAGGAGCUCUAUUUAUGAAGUCUCUUAAUUAAAGUUGGAGGUAGUUACUGUGUCCUCAAGACCCGAAGGGGCCUGAUGGACAGACCCCUCCCUUUGUUCCUCAAAGUCUUAGGAGGUGUGUCCCUCACCUCCCCUCUUUCCGCAGGAAGUGUCCCUGCCCGAGACAGGGUGCUGGGGUGGGUGGGGUGCCUGAGAGCUGAGCCCCCCGAGGGAGGGCCUCGGGGGAGGUGGGCGGGCCCCAGGCCAGCAGCAGGCGGGCGCAUGCCUGUAGGUGCUAACCCUGGCCCUUCACCCCACACCGUGGCCCCCGGCCCCUCCUGUAGGCUCUCCCCGCCACCCCAGGGCUGGGGUGCGGCGGACCCACCCCUGGGUGGUCAGCGCCAGCCUGUCUCCUCACAUGCGCCUGUUGUCUGUUCCCUCCCGACUUUGUUGCCUCCGAAGGACUGAUGGCCGCUCACCCCGAGACGGCUGUGGGAGAGGAGGAGCCGAUGGGGACCAGCACCUUCGCCCCAGGGCACGUGCCCAGCAGCUCUUGGGGCAAAGCACUGUUGCUAUAAGCUAUUUCCGGGGUGCCUUUAGGGCCCUUCCCUCAGCACGCCUCUGGGGAAAGAUCACACUGUAUUAACUUGAGAGGGUUUUCCUCACCGACAAUAAACAGAGACCACCUCAGCUGCCAGUGCCUUGCAGCCCUGGGCCGCCCUCCCCUUGCCAGGCCUACCUUCUUCCCUGCCUCCGCCGUGCCUCUUGGCUGGCAUCUCCGCUGACCCGGGAGGGCGUGGAGGGGCUGUCCACUGCCGGGGGCCCUGGCCCCUCUCUCCCUGCCCCUGGGCAGGACGCCUUCCUCUGCAGGGACCAGUGCCGCCUCCGACCGUCUCCUUCCUGACGGGCCUGUUGACUGCCGCUGGAGUCACCAGCUCCAGUGCCUUUCGGGGGCCAGGCAGGUGACACACGUGAACCCAGGCUGGAUGCGUCCUGCGGGGCAGCCCCGUCAGGCUGCCUUGGUGUCAGGACACCUGGGUGGUGGGGACUGGGGUGAACUGGGUGGUGCAACCAGAGGGGGAGGUUGUCCCUCACCCAAGUCAACUGUAGCCUGUGGGAUAUGGGCCCAGUGGGGCCAGAUCUUUGCAUUUUUCAAAAGAAACUGGAAAUCCA